AUGGAAAGAUUUGUCAUUAUGACCUCCAAGAAUCCUUCACUUAAGCAGGCUCUUCUCGCAAGAAACCCAAUGCUCAUUUUGCUGUUUCUUUUUAUUCCAGCUCCAUGCGUCACCAUCAAGGUCAACUGCUCUCAACCAAACCAAGUAGCACUACUGGAGGCCUUGAGGCCCAUUUUUAGGAUGGGCGCCAUACGACCAGUCACAAACAUGACAACCCCUACUAAUGUCAGUUUACACUUCCUCCUCUAUGGAAUAUUAGGAGUGAAUGAGAAGGCGCAACUCCUGACAACUUAUCUUUGGCAACAUUUUAAAUGGCAGAAUGAGCUCGUCACAUGGGACCCAGUCCAGUGUGGCACCAACAAGAUUGCUCUUCCCCGACAGAAAUUUUGGGUUCCAGAUCUAAUCAUCAGGGAAUUUAUGGAUCAAGACAAAGCUCCAAUUGCUCCUUAUUUGAAUCUGCACAGCAAUGGAUUAAUGAAUGACGCAAAACCUGCCAGAGUUGUCAGUUCUUGUAACCUCGACAUCUACACCUUUCCUUUUGACACACAGGACUGCACUCUUACCUACAUCUCCCCCAUGAACUUGGCAAGCGACAUGAAGAUUUACCUGGCGAUGUCUGAUGAUGUCAUCACAGCGAAAUCCAAGACAGUGAUGACCACAUUAGGGGAAUGGGAGCUGCUCAGCAUUACUGCAGAUAAGCCUAAUAGCCAACAUGAUAGUUUACAGCCCUACGUCGACGAGCUUCAAUUUCACAUUCGAAUGCGACGCAGGUCCACCUUGUACGUGGUGAACUUGCUGCUCCCCAGCUCCUUCCUCAUUACAGUGGACCUUUUUAGCUUCCUGCUGCCUCCACAAAAUGUGGACCGCUCCUCUUUCAAGAUGACCCUCAUCUUGGGCUAUACCGUCUUCCUUCUCAUCAUGAAUGACCUGCUCCCUAUCACGGGAAACACCAUCCCCAUCAUCAAUGUGUUCUUGUCUUUGUGUCUGGCUCUGAUGGUGGCCAGUCUUCUCGAGACGAUUGUCAUCACCAACUGGUUGUUCAGCUCUAAAAAUGUCAGUCCUGUUCCUCCCUGGAUCCGGCUGCUUGUUCUGCACAUUCUGGGUCGUCUUGUUGGUCUACCAUGGAAAGAAGUAAAAAAAAACGACACAAAAGGCAGAAGCGUGUCCAUACAGCAUGGAGCUGAGGAGGACUCUCACGAGGAGAAAGGACCAGUAGGGGAGAACAAGGCCCUGCGUGAGCUGAGGAGCCUUGGUGGAGACUUGAAGGUUUUACGCCUGCAAGUGGAGCAACAGCUGGACAGCACCCAAGCGUCAAAGGAAUGGAUGCAGGUGGGUUUCAUCAUAGACCGCCUGCUGUUUGGCAUCUACAUUUUCUUCCUAACUGUCAGCUUCAUCACCAUCAUGAUCAUCUGGGCCUACUCCUACAAGCAAUAG